CGUCAUUUAUGCAAAUGAGGGUGUUUCCUGUUCAGACAAAAUGGCGAAGACUUACGACUAUCUUUUCAAACUUUUACUGAUUGGAGACUCCGGUGUAGGAAAAACGUGUUUAUUAUUCAGAUUUUCAGAAGAUGCCUUUAAUUCUACAUUUAUAUCAACGAUAGGAAUUGACUUCAAGAUUCGAACUAUCGAGCUUGAUGGGAAAAAGAUCAAGUUACAGAUAUGGGACACAGCUGGACAGGAGCGGUUCCGCACCAUCACCACAGCAUACUACCGAGGGGCUAUGGGCAUCAUGCUGGUCUAUGACAUCACAAAUGAGAAAUCUUUUGAAAACAUACGGAAUUGGAUCCGUAACAUAGAGGAGCAUGCAUCGAAGGAUGUGGAGAAGAUGAUCUUGGGCAACAAGUGUGAUAUGAAUGACAGGCGACAGGUGUCGAAGGAGAAGGGCGAGCAGCUUGCUGUGGAACACGGGAUCAAGUUCAUGGAGACGAGUGCGAAGGCCAGCAACAACGUGGAGGAGGCCUUUUUCACACUAGCAAGAGACAUUAAGCUCAAGAUGGACAGGAAAUCAGAUGCCUCAGGUCAAUCAAGCCGGGGAGGAGGCUACCAAUUGAAGAAGGAAAACACCCCCAAGAAGUCUUUCUGGAGGUGUUCGAUUCUCUGAUUGGCAGAACCUUGUCAUGUGAUUGAACUAGUUUUGUUACUGACUGAACUGAAGGCUAUACGUGCAUAUAAUAUUGGCCUUUGUGUACUCAAUCGUAGGGUCGUUGUCAUGGACACUAUUGCGACCCUGGGCAGAAACUUGGUGCGUUCCCGCCACGAUGCAUAAAAUCAUGGACACUUACGAACAGAGCACAGACCAAGCUGACAGAAACCGGAGCCUACGUUCUGUGCUUCGCUGGCUUGUCCUGCUUGUUCUUCACUAUCCUUUCAAUGUUACUAUGGUUACUAUUCAAGAUGGCAGCCCGGACAGUGGCUGUUGACAACUGCCAUUGUCGUACAAAAGUUACUAUGAUUUUUAAACAACCUCCAGGAUGUGUCAUGAAUGUAAAUAUUUGUGCUUUUGAUGGUUCUGCAGCGUAUCUGAUCCGGAUUGUUGAUCCCGGGGGAUAUUGUCAUCAUCAGUGUUCAAUACUAAAUGUGAAAGUCAAGGGGUCCAUCACCCUAAGAGUGUAAAAUUGAGAUUAGGACCAACUACUAUAGGAAGAAACCUCAAGAAACCGGUCAUUUACUUCAGGGGUGGGUGGGUGGGUCAGAGGUUUUUGGUGCAGAAAAUGAUUACCCUCCCCCAAUGCUCGUCAUAUUUAGGAUGACCCUUCUCAUGUCUGUACAUUUUUUUCAUGACUCUCCCAGAACAGACAAAAUGCAAAAGCGCUUUAUAUUUGAUAAUAAAAUGUCCAUUUAUUCAUGACCCUCCCCAAAUAUGUGUAUUAUUUUUUAUGACCCUCCCCUAGAGACCCUCCUGAUUCCCUCUGACCCACCCCACCCCACCCUAUGAUAAAUGACCAGUGCCUUAAGGGAGAUCUUUGGAUUCCUUAGUUUGUUGACUGUUUUGCAUUGAAACUUUCAGGGACCUUUCUGAUGUACACAAAACACCUUCUUUCAGUGAGUGUUGGUGAGGGCUAAAUAAACCAUUGCAAUCUCUGUACAGAGCGUUCUGGAAAUUCAUAUGAUUUGACAUUUCGCCAGACAAUGAAAAGGAAAAAGACCAAACAGAAAAGUCAGCGGUAUUGUUGGUCACAUGACCACAAGUAAGAUUUGUGUUGGUUGUUCAGCAGAAGCUUUGGUCCACAAUUAGUUGUUUAUGCAGUUAGCUGACAUACAGCCUUUCUUAUGCCUGAAGGAGUUCAUUGUAAUGUUAUUGGCACUUUCUGUUACGUUUAUCAAUCAGUCUUUUUCUAAUAGCUGUGCAGUGUUAUGGCCCAUAGCAGUGCCAGGAUCUGCUGAUCUGGGCUUUGAAUCCCUGGUUCGACUAAGAACCUUGGUGUUCCAGAAUUGUACCAUGCUUGUGGAUUGCAGCAAAGUUGUAAGGGUCUACAGCCUACUCCUUUUAUUUUCUGUGGUGCAACAGGGCAGUGGGGUAGCCUAGUGGUUAAAGCGUUGGCUCGUCACGCCGAAGACCCGGGUUCGAUUCCCAACAUGGGUACAAUGUGUGAAGCCCAUUUCUGGUGUCCCCCGCCGUGAUAUUGCUGGAAUAAUGCUAAAAGCGGCGUAAAACCAUACUCACUCACUCACUCUGUGGUGCAACUGAGAUCUGUAGCAUGAGAGCCAACACUCACAGUUCAGCUGAUCUUGCUAUAUAUACUGUUGGGCUGGGGAGCCUAUAGUAGCCCAUAUAUAAAGGGCUUGGAGUCAGGGUGCUCCAGUGCUGCUUGGAUCAGUAAAAUGCCCUAGCAUGACAUUAGGCAGGCAUUUAUUACUGACAAAAGCUGAAAAAUUCUGUUGGCAUAGUUACCCACUUACUCUUGCCGUUAAUUAGCCACAACCAUUUUCAGCCUCUUUUAUUCAUCGCUUGGAAGUAUUUUUGAGGCGCAAGAGUAACUUUACAGAUUCUGUGUAUAUUUCUUUAAGUGAUGAGGCAUACUUCCCAUGCUUGCCAUACAAGUCGACUAUGCUUGUUGUAAGUGGCGACUAACAGGAUCGGGUGGUCAGGCUCACUAACUUGGUAUGUCAUCGUAUCCCAAUUGCGUAGAUCGAUGCUCAUGAUAUCAAUCACUGGAUUGUCUGGCCCAGAUUCAAUAAUUUACAGACUGCCAUCAUGUAGCUGGAAUAUUGCUGUGUGCGGCGUUAAAUUACAAACAAACAAAAGCAUACUACAUUAAAGUUUUGUGUGUUCUUCACCUCCCUGCUGCAGAGUUGCGUCCCUUGGGCCAGAAACUAUGGUCGGAAUUAAGUUCUGCCUGAUUAAGUUUCCAUACCCGUGCUCGUGGGGUUCACCGAAGUCGUAAACGUCUGAGACCAGCAACACUCUGGCUUUACUCCCACAUUAAGCUGACACACCAUGAUAUAACUGGAAUAUUGUUAAGAGAGGCGUUAUAUACCCAACUCACUCACUCACUCACUCACUCACUCACCCAUCUCCAUGCUAACUCGUAGGCCUUAAGAAAAUUAACAUUAGAAAUCUGCCUCUGGUCAGGAAUUGAUAUGUUGUCCAUUGUUUAAGAUGUGCGCAAAAUGUUUUGCAGUUUAAUAACUAUUUUGCUAUGUUCAAGCAGUUGCUAUAUUGAUGUUGAGAGUUUAAACUUUCAUGGUCAGAGUUACCUCCCUUCUUCGCAUAAGGUUAACAUGAAUUAUGAAUCGUUCAGUGAAAUGGGAAGUUAAUUAAUUGUUGUUUCAAGGACGAGAUACUAGCUAUUGAAGUGAGCAAAUGGGUGACAGGAGAUGAGAAGCAAAGAAUAAAUCCAGAUAGAUUAUACACUGUCUAAAACUGUGUUUGGGAUGGCCUAAUGGUACGGUGUUCUGGUCGGCCCUACCGUGCUGUAUGUAUUAGGUGUAGCCCUAAAUCCCUGUGUUCUGGAUGGCCCUAUAGUGUAUUCUGGAGCGUCCUAUAGUCCUGUAUUGUGGAUGGCCUUAUGUUUCUCCAUACUGGAUGGCGGAUGGUACUGUAUACUGGAGGGCCUCAUGGUACUGUGUUCUGGAUGGUCCUAUAGUCCUGUAUUGUGGAUGCCUUAUGGUUCUCCAUACUGGAUGGCCUCGUGGUACUCUAUACUGGAUGGCCUUAUGGUACUCUAUAUAGGAUGGCCUCAUGGUACUCUAUACAGGAUGGCCUCGUGGUACUCUAUACAGGAUGGCCUCGUGGUACUCUAUACAGGAUGGCCUCGUGGUACUCUCUACUGGAUGGCCUCAUGAUACUCUAUACAGGAUGGCCUCGUGGUACUCUAUACAGGAUGGCCUCGUGGUACUCUAUACAAGAUGGCCUCGUGGUACUCUAUACAGGAUGGCCUCGUGGUACUCUCUACUGGAUGCCCUCAUGGCACUCUAUACAGGAUGGCCUCGUGGUACUCUAUACAGGAUGGCCUCGUGGUACUCUACACAGGAUGGCCUCGUGGUACUCUAUACAGGAUGGCCUCGUGGUACUCUAUACAGGAUGGCCUCGUGGUACUCUCUACAGGAUGGCCUCGUGGCACUCUAUACAGGAUGGCCUCGUGGUACUCUAUACAGGAUGGCCUCGUGGUACUCUAUACAGGAUGGCCUCAUGGAACUCUAUACAGGAUGGCCUCGUGGUACUCUAUACAGGAUGGCCUCGUGGUACUCUAUACAGGAUGGCCUCUUGGUACUCUAUACAGGAUGGCCUCGUGGUACUCUCAUGGCACUCUAUACAGGAUGGCCUCGUGGUUCCUUAUGGUACUGUAUUCCAUGUGCUUUAUCAGUGUGUCCUCAGCUUGGUGUGUGCUCCUCCAGGCUAAGUUAUUGUGUGGUACAAAGCAUCAUUCUGUACAUAUAUGAGUUUUGCAAUAAGAGACUAUUGACCUGACAUUUUGUACAUAUUUUUGACAUGCUCUUACUGAAAUAUAGCUAGAGUUAUAGGCUGGGCUUGUUAUGUCUUUCAUCUUGACAGCGACACUGUUAUGCAAUAUAACACUUUCGUCUUCUGGUCUCCUUGAGCGUGGGCAGGCAAAGAUUGCAAGGUCACAGUGUGGUUGGUUUUGGAGACAUGUUCUGAGAGAAAAUUACGCUGUUUCGGUGUAUCUUUGAAAAUUGCUUGAAUAUGGAAUUAAAUGAUUUUUAUCUCUGAAA